GUGCCAAGCGGGGUGAACGAACUUCUGUCAUCGCUGACUAGGGUAUAAAAGUCUCGUGGGUGUUUGAAAUAUUCCAUUAUUCAUCCUAACAUUCACACUUUAGCUACAGUAUUUGGAAUACGUUCAGAGGUAUGGAGAUGACAGAUUUUGGAUCCACCACUUGUCUUCUGGGCUCCAACAGGGGCGGGGAAAGAGAGACAACCCCUGAAGGAUUCUCGUCCGGAUACGAUUCCAACUCGGACACAAACUUAAAGAGCAACCGACGAAAGAACUUCCUUCAAUGGUCACCAUGGAGAAGCAAUGACGACUCCGACAGUGAUUCUGAAAUCAGUGACGUAGACUCCUGCAUCAGCGAAUCAGAAAGCGAGGACGAAGAGGGGGCGUGGAAACAGAGAGGGGCGUGGCUUAAUGAGGAAGCUUGGUCUGAUUCCUCCGAUUCUGAAAGCGAGGACGAUGCUGAUUCCGUGAAAUAUGUAAAUGCCGAGGCUGUGAGCGAGGCUCUGACCGUUGUCAUGGAUAUGCCUGACCUCUGUGACGUCACGUUUUUGGUUGGCAGCACCUUGACUCCCGUCCACGGUGUCAAAUCCAUCAUGUCUACACGAAGCAGGGUAUUCUAUCAACUGAUCUUGAAGGCAGUGAAAGAAUCAUCCCACUUCUCUAAAAAGAAAAAGUCUAGUAAGAAACACAUCGGACAAACCCCCAAACCAACGGUCCACAUACCGGAAGUGAGCGUGUCCAUCUUUAAAAAACUCGUGCACUACAUCCAUACAGGACGAGUAGACAUCAAGCCAUAUGACUUGACAGAGCUGAUGUGUGCUGCUCAUCGCUACGAUCUGCCGGAUCUGAUGGAAAUCUGUAGGAAGUUCCUAGACUCGUGUACUUCUACCUGCGCCAUCUACACCGUCCUUGACACCGCUCAGAGACUUCAAGGUCAAACCAUCGCCCAGAAAAUCGCUCAAAAGAUGUCGGAACGAUUAACUCGACUGGAAUCAAGGAAAAAGCAAAUGUUCAACCACGAGAACUUUGUCUGAAAAUGGAACAUGAAGUCGUCGUCUAAUCCCUGGCGAUUAGGAAUGAGCCCGAGACGUGUUUCCCACGAAAGAGAAACAGGACAAAUCCCGAUGGACUCCAAACUUCAUGUAGUCAAAAUAUCCCGCACAUGACGAAUAACGACAAAAUGGGAUUUUCGAAAACCUUGAAAUACCAAAGAAGAUGGCUACGUCCAGAUGUCGUCUAGUAAUGAAGAAUAGCCGAUGCAGUGUUUAAUGCAGACCCUGUCAGAGACUGUAUGGAUCGCUAGUAUUACAUGAAGACCCUGUCAGAGAAUGGAUCGCUAGUAUUAUACAUGCAGGCAUUUGUUGUAGACUCUUUGC